AUGAUGGCGGUGCGUGAACGCGCAGUGAAAGUAAUGGCUGCUCUGGAUCGGCGGGUGCCUAGCCUCGAUGAUUUCGUGGGUCAAAGCUGGACUGCUUGGACCGAGUGGGCCGGUGUGACAGCACCUGAUGGAGCUGAUUUGGAUGACUGCAGUAAAAAUGGCAAAAAGGCUGCAGAAGCAAUGUCACUCAGCAAGGAGGACAUGUCGAUCUUUGGCCUGUACCCCGGUUAUGAUGACUUCUACCUUGUGGUGUGUAGCCACUGUGGUCAAGUCGUGAAACCACAGGCAUUCGAGAAGCACUGCGAGCGGAGACACGGCCCUCUGGCCAAACUUUAUGCCCGAAUACGCUCUCCAGCCCCUCAGCCUCAGCCCCAGCAGAGGACCCAUCACAGCCAUUCUCCUUCUCAGGGGACCAAUGUCAUUCCAGCUUCAUCGUGGGACGGUCGAAGCCAAAGUGGCGGCGCACUUAGACCACCCCCUCAAUCUCCUUCUACACCACCACAGCACAGACCCAACAAAAGCACCAAGGAAGGAACACGACAUUCCCCACUGGAAAAAUCCUCCCACGGCAGCCACACAGAUUCAUCAGUAUUCAAACAGCCGCCGCCUUUGGAGCCUCCGAUUAGCUCUCCGCCUUCAUCCGUAAGAGACCCCCCGUGGCCACACGGAGGCACCCCACCUGGUCGGCCUUCACCAAAUGAAAGGCCCCUCAUGCAAAGGAAGGAUUCUUCUCCAUCUUCAGUGGUCCCAAGCCACCGUAUUCCCAGGCCAUACAACAAAGUGGCCUCUAAAAGAGAGUGUGAUUUGGACAAACACUGUGGUGUCCUCGAUCCUGACCGGAAGAAAGUCUGCACUCGUCUCCUCACAUGCAAUAUCCAUUCCAUCCACCAGCGAAGGAAGGUACUGGGCCGUAGUAAGAACUUUGACCAGUUGGUGGCUGAACUCAAGACCAAGGUUCGUGAGAAGGGCGCACAGUCACUGGAGGGAUGUUCGUCUUCUGGGAGGUCCCCCAGCCCAGAGGCACCCAGAGAGCAAGAGGGAGUCCCGCACUGCCGAAGACCUUUGGCCAGCCUUCCCGCUUUCAGUCGCUCCACUGUUUUGUCAGAGAGCACCCCAGAGGCUGACAGGCAGGUGAGGGAUGAGGGAUGCGUCCGCGCCCCCUCCCCUCUCGUCCAUGGAACAAUUUCCAGUGACGAAAGUGAGGCAGAAGGAGCGGAGGAACCUGUUGAGUUCCCGUCUUCUGCUACGCACCCAAGACCGCUUGCAAUGUGUUCAUUUGGCGUCACCAUGUUAGGCCAAGGCAUCUACACGUUUGAUAGACGGCUUCACCACCUGAGGUCGGCUUUUAGCAGCAUGCUCGAGCAGCACAUCAGCGCCCACCUUUGGAAGAAAAUACCUCAAGCCCCCAACCAUCAGUGUCCAACUUCCUCAGCCAAGAUUCUCACCUCAUCGUCUCACGUCUCCAUCACGUCCUCGUUCCAUUCUAAAGUCCGCUCGGCCGCUCACGUCAAGUCCUCCCUCAAAACCAUGUUGUCGUCCUCGUCGUCUUCCGGGUGCGUGCCGGGAAGACGUUCCCCGGUCACGUUGUCGGAGAACUCCGGGAGCGGCUGCGGCGCGGGAGGCCCUCGCCUGCCGUCCCCGGGUCAUCCCGCGGACGCGCAUCACGCGGGUCCGAGGCGACCCAAGAACCCGGUCGGGCGUCCCAGCAAGCAGAUGAUGAAGCUGCGUGAGGACGCGGCGGCAGCGGCCGCCGUCCGUAAAAGAAAAGCCCCGGCGCAGGAAGGGGAGCAUUCGGGCCCCAACAGGAACUGCGUUACCCUCCACGACAGGGGCCGCCCGCCCUCUGUCGCGUCUUCCCCCUCCAAAGCCCCAAUUCUUUCCGCCCUUCCUCACGGACAGACCAACGGUAGGCUCUCACCUGGGAGCAAAGCCCGCCCCCCGCCCCCGCCCACGGAGUCUCACUCGCCAACGGCUAAGACUCUAUGGACAUACAGACGGACUCAUCCCGCGUUGGCUCAUUCGUCGCCCCCGGAGCCCGCCUCCGUGAACAAUUCCCACUGUCGGAAUAGCGCGGGGGACUCGGGAUCGCACGGGCAGGGCGGCGGGCGGACUCUGGAACACCACAGUUUGAUGAAAAAACGCAAGGGGGGCGGUCUUGAAGAACACUCCCCUUCCGCACACCGCCUGACCUCCUCUUCCUCCUCGUCCACUCCCGCCUCUUCUUCUCCUCGCUCGAAUUUCUAUCCGUGGAAGGACAGCAAGAGUGGAUGCCUGGCGGGGGGCAUGGAGAAGAAGGUGGGCACACAGAAGCCAAAACUGCACCAUUAA